UGAAAAGAUUGAGGUGGUACUACAUCACUCAUAUGUUCUUUGAGUCCAGUUCUGUUUUUUAAUUUGUUUUAUUUAUUGAUAUUUUAAAACGUAAAACUCUUUUGUAACUUAUUUAUAAAAAUGGCAAAAUGUAGUAUAUACUACAAAAAAAAAAAUAAUAUCUUGGAAAUUUUUUGCACAUUGUUUGAUCAGGAGUUACAAUAAAAGCUGUUAUCAAAAAGUUCACUAAACUAAAAUGAAAGUUGCACCACUGCUAUGUUGUCAUAUAAAUAAGUUAUGUUUUGAACCAACCUUGUCAACAAAAAUUUGGAUCACUUACACUUUUUCAUGUGCAAAAUUUUUCUGUGUAAUGUUUUAAUUUAUAUAAUUUGUUAUACUAUUCUAGAAAUAAAAAAAUUUGACCGCUUUGAUUCAUUUGCUGAUUUUGAAUCAAAGUUACAAGAGUACUGUGAAGAAAAUAGUCAUCCCAUACACUCAGAAGUAGUCACAAGCUUAAGCUUGAUGACAGCAAAGCUGAAAAGUUUAUUUAUAAUGAUCUUCUUAUUACAUGUGUACACUAUGGGAAACCACGCCCAAGCAAAGUGACAACUUGUAGACCGCAUCAAACAAAACUUGCCAUUGACUGUUCAAUGAAAGUUAGAUUACAACUGAAAUGUUAUGAUAGUAAAACAGGCAGUUUUGCUUUAGAGGUACACAGUACUUAAGUUUAAUAUUUAUUUUGUAAUUUAAUUGUUUAGAAUAGUUAGAUGAAACUAUUUCUUGGUUUUAGAUAACUUAGCAAUUAGUCUUUUUAACGAGUUAAACAUUUUAACUAAAUUUUUUAUUAAAAAAAAAGUAAAUUAAUUCAAUUAAAGGUGACUCAACUAGAAGAGGCCCACAAUCAUCCAACAAGUGAAGAAUUAUUUUGUUGCUAUCCUAGGAAUAGAAAGAUGACAACGCAGGAGGAAAAACUUAUAAUAAAAUUAAUAAAUGCUAAUGUCACCCCAUUACAGAUAAAACAAAUAUUGCAUUUAGAUGGGCACAUGAAAUGUGUGACUAGUCAGGAUUUACACAACUUAAAAGCUAGGAAUAAAAAAGUUGAGCGUAGUAAUAAUAAUGAAGAACAGUUGCUGGUAGAUGCUGUUAACAAACUUUUAGAAAAAGACGAUGGUUGUUCAGUUUCUAUUCUUCUAAAGGAUGAUGAGUUACAAGCUUUAUGUUGGCAAACUAGUGUGAUGAAAGAGAAAUAUAAAAGAUAUGGUGAAGUAGUUUUUGUGGAUACUACUUACAAAGUUAAUAUUGAACGAUUUCCACUAUUAGUUUUUUUAGUAGAAGAUGGUUUAGGAUUUGGAGUGCCAGUUUUAUUUGCUUUUGUUCAGCAUGAGACUAUAGACAAUUUCAAAUGGGUUGUGGAAUGGUUUUGUUUACAAAAUAAUAACAUCAUAACUAAAGUUAUUAUUGUGGACAAAGAUAUUGGGUUAAUAAAUGUUUUGAGUCCUACAUUCUUGCAUUCAUCAGUGUUGCUGUGUCGUUUUCAUGUAAUAAAGUACAUCAAAAAAGUUGUCAUACAGUUGUCUGUACCUCCAUCAACUAAAUGUGAGCUGAUGAAUUUGAUAUUAAAAAUGGUAUAUGCAAACUCAGAAGCUGAUUACCAUGAAGCAUAUGACAGUAUAGUGAAUAAUCAUGAGUUUCCUGAAUCCUUUAAAACAUAUUUUUUAAACAAUAGGCAUUCAUGUAAGGAACAAUGGUGUACAGCUUACCGAAAAAAUAAGUUAACACUAGGUAACAACACUAACAAUAGAAUUGAAAACUUUAAUCGACAGUUAAAAAAAAUUAUCAAACCUAAUAUGCAUUUGUCUGAAGCCAUUAAAUAA